UCUCUCUUCCGGGUGUUGGCAGUCCGCUAACUGGGGUUGACUAGGCAGUAUAGAGCUUUUGUCAAAUUUGACUUUUCGUAGCAGGUUAGGAGAAUUUACACAGCAUGUUAGGAUAAUUAACGUAGCACGUUAGGAGAAUUAGGUUAAUAUUUGGAAAAAGGUCAGAGUUAGCUAAAAUGCCAAAAUAAAUACACUUUUGACAAAAGCUGUAGCCUUUCUAGCCUUGACCUCUUACUGGGUGAAAGGUGAUGAGAAGCGCUGCAUACACCACGAGCGGAGCAACAACACAAACUACCGCAAGCGCCUUCCUCUACAGUCUAGUCUAGAAAAUAGCCGCAACAUUAUUUUUAUUUUGAAUGGACGAGCGAAAACAACUUUUCACAUAUCGGAAUUUGCAGAAUAUCGCAAAAUACUACGGGGACAACAUGGUCAACCAGGUGUCAGAGUACCCUGCUGAGCAAACGUUCCAGUACCAGCAUAGCCUGCCUCCUCUCCCUGUACCGUCUCUAGAGGGGAGCCUCGCCAAGUACCUGGAUGCAGUGCGGCCGUUUUCUACAGAGGAGGAGUACCAGGUGACUGCAGCCGUAGUGAAGAGGUUUGGAGAGGGCAUCGGCAAAGACCUGCACCAAAAACUACUGCAGAGAGCCAGGACACGCAGGAACUGGUUGGAGGAGUGGUGGUUGGAUGCAGCCUAUCUGGAAUUGCGUUACCCCUCCCAGUUGAAUGUGAACUUUGGAGGUCCUGCACCCUACCUAGAGCACUGCUGGCCCCCUACAGAGGGAGUACAGCUACAGAGGACCAGCAUAAGCAUGUGGCACACUCUACAGUACUGGGACCUGCUUCGCACGGAGAGGCUGGACCCUCAUAAAGCUGGUAAUGUGGUGUUGGAUAUGGACCAGUUCAGAAUGCUGUUCUGUACAUGUAAAAUUCCUGGAGUCACCAAGGAUACCAUCAUCAACUACUUUAAGACAGAGAGCGAGGGUCCAUGCCCCUCCCAUGUGGUGGUGAUGUGUAAGGGGCGUUUCUUCUCGUUUGAUGCAGUGUGUGACGGAUACAUUCUUACACCUCCAGAGCUGCUCAGGCAGCUGACCCAUGUGAAGCAGUGUUGUGAGGGGGAGCCAGCGGGAGAUGGUGUCGCCGCUCUCACCUCAGAGGAGAGGACACGCUGGGCUAAGGCCAGGGAGUAUCUGAUAGGUAUAGAUCCAGCCAAUAAGACCAUCUUAGAGAUCAUCCAGAGCAGUCUGUUUGUGGUCUCACUGGACGAUGCUAAACCCUACGCUACUGCAGAGAACUACACACCAGUGACCCGGGAAGCGCUGACAGGAGACCCCACCAUCCGCUGGGGAGACAAGUCCUACAACUCCCUCUCCUUCGCCGACGGAACCUUCGGAUCCAAUUGUGACCAUGCCCCCUACGAUGCCAUGGUGCUGGUAACUCACUGUUACUAUGUGGAUCAGCAGCUCAAAGCUACAGACGGCAGGUGGAAGGGCUCUGAGACGGUGCGGCCUAUGCCUCUUCCUGAAGAGUUGGUCUUCACUGUGGAUGACAGAGUCAGGAGUGACGUUGCACAUGCCAAGCAACAGUACUUCGAGACUACUCAGGACUUGCAGGUGGUGUGUUAUGCGUUCACCUCGUUUGGGAAAGCAGCCAUCAAACAGAGGAAGCUCCACCCAGACACCUUCAUACAACUGGCCCUUCAACUGGCUUAUUACAGACAGCAUGGGAGGUUAGGUAGUUGCUAUGAGACAGCGAUGACCAGAAGGUUCUACCAUGGCAGGACUGAGACCAUGAGGCCCUGUACCCUUGAGGCACAGAACUGGUGCCAUACCAUGCUCCUCCCUGCAGCCAGCGCUGAGGCUAAGAGGAAAGCCCUGCUGCUGGCCUUCAACAAGCACAACAAACUGAUGGCUGAGGCACAGAACGGAAAAGGUUUUGACAGACAUCUCCUGGGCCUUUACCUGAUCGCCAAGGAGGAGGGACUUCCUAUGCCAGACCUUUUCACUGAUCCACUGUAUUCCAAGAGUGGCGGGGGUGGUAACUUUACCCUGUCCACCAGUCUAGUUGGCUACACCACAGUCCUGGGAGCGGUUGCUCCCAUGGUGCACCAUGGCUACGGGUUCUUCUACCGCAUCGGAGACGACAGGAUCGUGGCUUCCUGUACGGCGUGGAAGUCCAGUCCAGAGACAGAUGCAGAGGCACUGUUCCAGAACCUGGUUUCCUCCCUACAUGAGAUGUUACAUCUCGCUACCACAGCUCAGCUCUAACACACACACACACACACACACACACACACACACACACACACACACACACACACACACACACACACACACACACACACACACACACACACACACACACACACACACACACACACACAGAGUUUGUAGAUGGUAGUCAAUAAUAGUUUAGUUCUGCACAGAUCAAUGCAAAGGCACAUUUAUUGUUUUCUACAUUUAAAAAAUUAAAAUUUGUUAUUUGUUUAAAUGCAGCUCAACAAAUGAGUUUAUUUUGCACUUAGUGAAUCAUUCUCUGUGAUUUUAUGUAGACACUAGAUCGGGGAUUCCCUGUUUUCAAAAUGUAUAGAUUGAAUUUCCUACCACGAUUCUGUUUAGAUUUCAUCUGUUUUUAUGUUGUGAGAAACAUUUAGUGUUAACCCAUGCCAUGCACUGUACACCGCUAAGCUAACAUACACAUCCUAACUCGCCGUCACCAUUCACUUCCAGCAUCGCGUCACCUGUCCCUGGUCAUUAGUGAUUCAUGAAUAGUAUUCUUUUUCUAUAUUGAUUGGCUUUUCCAGAAGAGUGACUGAGGCAUAGAUGUUCUUGGUUGGUUGAAAUGACUCUUUUAGAACGUAACUGUCGUCGUAGCUGUGAAAUUGAGAAACAGAGAGAAACGGGUCAUGUUGUCUUUGACUACCGUCUCACCUCAGGCCCCAUGGGUAUUAUAUAAGGGCCCUACUCAAUCAAAACUGUCCAGUUUCCAGGGCAAGAAAAAUGAUUGUAGAUUGUAGUAGAGGAUAGAGGAUUAUGCAUUUGGCUGGAUAUGAUCAAUGAAACGGUGUUUGGGUGAGACGGAAGGAAACCCAAGUAAAUGAUAAUGUGCCUUUUUGCUGUGUCCUUAUUUGAGUCUGUCCCCAGAGAUCUGGUUAGGGGUUUUGAUUGAAUAUCUCCCUAAUUGACCGGACUUUUUAGACUUUAAGCUGCUGAAUAGCUCUACCACUCCUAUGCCAGAUCCAUAGGCUGCCACCCUAUGCAAUAUGCCAUUUUAUGUAGUAGAUGUCUGUAAUAAUGAACAUUCCUGUCACAAUAUACCCAUGAUACAUCACGGUUUUGAUGCUCUCGAACACGGCCAUUGUGUUCAUACCUUUCAGACAGUCUUGAGAUUUUCAGCAUGUUUUUUUGUUGUAAAUGAUAGAAAAGUGAUAAAAGAUGAGCGCUGGAUUUGAUUCACUCAACAAAAUGAAAAGAAGCUGUUUUAAUGCCUAAAGUAGUGAAAAUGAUGUAACCCACUUUACAGUAGGAAAAUUAUAGUUUUGACUUGACUGACAAUGUAAACUUGGAAAAUGUUUUAUUGAAUAUGAAAGUUGUUUAGUGUGAUUGAACUGACAAAUCAAAGUGAUUGAAUCAUGUCAUGAGCCCAAAUAUUCAAAUAAAACAUCUUUAUUAAUGAUA